UAGAUUAUAUUGCUUGAAAUAUCAUCGGAAGAAAUACGGAAAAGCUCUAGCUAGCUUUCUUGAAAUAUCAUCCAUGAACGUUGUUGUUACGACAAGAAAGUGAUCGAAUUUUGAGUAAGUGGCCUAGCUAGCUGUUUGAGAUGGGUGAUUGUAAUCACAUUCACAUUUUGGAGCCAACAAAUGAAAGACAAUACCAUAUUUCCUUAGUGGUGGCUGAUAUCGAAAAAAAGUUGAAGGGUCCAGAGAGUGAACAACAAUCCUCUGAACUUUGCAUCUUCAGAGUCCCUAAGAACCUACGUAGGCUAAAAGAAGUAGCUUGUACUCCUAAGUUGAUCUCAAUUGGUCCCUUCUUUCAUGAAGAUGAAAGCUUAAAAGCCUCGGAAGAACAUAAGCUGAGGUAUCUUAAAGGUUUUCUAGGUCGAAGCACUAAAGGGAUUAAAGACUGUGUGGAAACCAUUGCAGAGCUGGAAGAUAGAGCCCGAAAGUGUUAUGCAGAAGAGAUCCCCUUAGAUGGCGAGAAAUUUGUAAAGAUGAUGGUACUUGAUGGCUGUUUCAUCGUUGAGUUCCUUCUCAGAUAUCAAAUUGUUGAUCACAGACAGGAAGACGACCCCAUCUUGAAUACCAUCUGGAUGAUUGAUAUAAUGUCUGACUUGCUUCUACUUGAAAACCAACUUCCAUUUUUUGUUCUUGACAAGAUAUUUGAACUACUAGAAGACGACGAUGAAGAAAAGAAAGAUGAAAAGUUACAGUUUCUCGAUUUGGCCGUCAAUACGUUUGGAUAUCUUUGGCCAAAUGUAGUACCGCGUAAGAAAGAGAAAUGUGAAGUGAAGCAUCUGCUGGACUUAGUUCGGCAAUUCUUUGUGUUGUCGUCCACUGACAGAAGCAGAUCAAACUCACAUCUAGAUAAACAGCUUCAACGUUUCCCAAGUGCAAGAAAGCUCUUUGAUGCUGGAAUUGCUCUGAAAAGUGUUAGAAACAAGCGUUGGCUGAGCAUAAGCUUUGCUAAUGGAUUCCUGAGAAUUCCACGUAUAACCAUUGACGACACGACCAAAUCUCUUCUGCAAAAUCUAAUUGCUUUCGAGAAGUAUCAUAGAGAUUCCUUUCAAAUGCACAUAGCAGACUAUGUAAUGCUGAUGGAUCGACUCAUUGUGACCUCCGAGGAUGUGGAAGUACUCGAGAACUGUGGCAUCAUCAGAAACAUGGCAGGAGACAAUCGCAGCAUAGUAAGCUUUUUUAACGCAAUUGGCAAAGAAGUGAAUUCGUUCUGCAUGGGCUUGCAUUUUCAGGAUCUCUGUCGGGAUGUAAACGAAUACUAUUGGAGGAGCCAGUGCAAAUAUGCAGCGCUUGCCUACUAUCAGACUCACUUGCAGAGAUGGAUAUUGAUCUUGAAGAGAGAAUAUUUCAACAGUCCGUGGGCAUUCGUUUCAUUCUUAGCUGCAGUAAUGCUCCUCGUUCUUACAUUCAUACAAACUAUAUACACCAUGAAACCUAAUUCCAAUAAGGGCAACUGACAUUCUCUUGAUA